AAUAACGCUGGCAACGAUCAUCGCCUUUCGCCUUCCCGAUCGCUUCAGUAUCAUUUUCAAUCGUGUCCUCUGUGUGGCCAAACCACUAAGUAUAAUACGUGCCAAAGUAAAGUAAGAAAAUCAACAACGUAAAAACAACAGACAUAAUAUAUUAUAAGAAACAAGUGUGAGGGAGGCAUAAUAAUGGAAAAAUCGGAAUGAAUACGUUCAAUCGUCAAAAUUUUAUUUUUGUAUCACCAUUUUUUUUUAAUCCUCUAUUAAAAUCAUAAUUUUUCACCUUAUAACCCAACAGAAUGAUUUCUAUUUGCAUUUUAUGAGAAAAUAUUUGUUAUUCGCACGGAUAACAUUACAUGCACGGAUAAAAUUCCACGCGUGGUAUCUAACAAGGAGAUUUAUAAAUGAAAUGAAUUUAGUAAAAAGGAUUUUGAUGUACUCAUAGAAAAUUGUAUAAUUUAAUAACAAUUUAAUUAUCAUCAUGACGACGGAGAAGAAUCAUAAUACCACCAGCGGACAAUUCGUCAAAGUGCAAACCGAAAGAGCCAGUUUUAAGCCAACGGAAAGAUGGCGUAUUAUAAAAAACAUAUUAUUAAUAGGAAUUGCAUUUAUGAUGAAUUUUACUGCUUUUAUGGGUGCAACGAAUCUCCAAAGUUCCAUAAAUUCUAGCGAAUCUCUGGGCACGUUCACCCUAGCAGCAAUCUACGGAAGUUUAAUAUUUAGCAACAUCUUCCUUCCGGCCUUGGUGAUAAGUUGGUUUGGUUGCAAGUGGACAAUGUCUCUAGCUAUUCUGACCUACGUGCCAUUCAUAGCAGCUCAAUUUUAUCCAAGAUUUUACACGAUGAUCCCAGCAGGACUGAUGGUAGGACUUGGUGGUGGACCACUCUGGUGCGCCAAGUGCACUUAUCUUACUGUCGUGUCCGAAGCUUAUGCUACUAUAUCUGAUCUAGCAUCCGAUGUUUUGGUCACUAGAUUCUUUGGUCUAUUCUUUAUGUUUUAUCAGAUGGCACAAGUAUGGGGCAAUCUUAUCUCAUCGGCAGUUCUAUCUUUUGGAAAGAAUGAAAUGAUAUCAACGAACAUGUCAUUGAACAGUACUAUUGUUGCUGAGAUUUGCGGAGCCAAUUUUUGUGUCGCAUCUCCGUCUACCAACGACAAUCCAAAUCUGGAGCAACCACCGAUAGAGAGGAUCCACUUGAUAUCAGGAAUUUAUGUUGCCCUUAUGAUAUUGGCUUCUUUGGUUAUAGUCUUUGGGGUUGAUUCAUUGUCUAGAUAUGACAGAGGUAGAAAGGGUUCCGGUACAGGAUUAACAGGAUUAAAACUCUUGGCGGUUACGUUGAGUUUGUUGAAAGAAAAAAAUCAGCUUUUAAUCUUGCCCAUAAUAAUUUUCAUCGGAGCGGAACAAGCUUUUCUCUUUGCCGAUUAUAAUGCAUCUUUCGUGUCUUGCGCUUGGGGGAUCAGUAACAUUGGAUACGUUAUGAUAUGCUUCGGUAUUUCCAACGCUAUUGCAGCUUUGACUACGGGCUCAAUUAUAAAAUUGACUGGCAGGAUUUCUGUGAUGAUCUUUGCCUUUUGCCUACACAUGGGAAUAUUAAUUUUUAUGUUGACCUGGAAACCGACUCCUAAUCAAGGCAUACUCUUCUUUAUCAUUUCUGGAUUAUGGGGUAUUUGUGAUUCCAUCUGGUUGGUGCAAAUUAACUCUUUAAAUGGUUUACUUUUCCCUGGAAGAGAAGAGGCAGCUUAUUCCAAUUUUCGUCUAUGGGAAUCUACUGGCUCUGUGAUAACUUACAUAUACAGUCCUUACUUGUGCACGUAUACAAAAAUUCACAUCUUGAUGAUUAUUCUCUGCAUCGGUAUAAUAGGCUACUCUAUUAUCGAAUGGAUAGGUAAAACAAAAUCAAUUGUUAUAAACGAGAAGCCAGAUUUCGAAUUGGUUGCUGAUAACGAAGUAACAGGAUAAUAACUCGUUCAAACGAAUUUAUAAUAACAAAGAUUUUACACAGGUAUUCGCUUAACGGCUAAGAUUUUUGUGAAAAUAAUCAAGAGAAACCUGUACGGAUGCCACCUGACGUUUAUGUUUCGAAAUCGCUAAAGAACGUUUGAUAAGUGAGCUAUCUGUACUACCAACAGCGAUGUAAUUUUACAACGAAAGUUAUGAUUUCUACGAUAUGUGGCGUCACGUCAUCUAAUCGAAAGUGAAUCUCGACGUCUCGGUUUUCCCCAAAAAGGCGCCCUUUAUUCGAAUAUCGACCGAAGGAUAAGAGCCUAAUUAUCCUGUUUCUUAUUUCUUUGUUUAAUUAGAAGUUAAAUGUGCAAUACAAAUGGAUGAAAAGUUAGACGAUAUUCUUUAUUAUUUUUUUUUUUUUUUUAAUAAAAUUUGUUAUUUUCUUCCUUUGAUUGAAAAACAAUAGGAAAAAAAUUUAACAUAGUGAUAGACUCGAACACGCUUCGGGCUAAAUGCAAUAUCGAAUGGAAAAGUGUUAUGUGACAGCGAAAUAAUAAAUCGAAAAUGAUUUUUCAUAUCUAAACUUCGAUAUCUAUCUAUGAUUUAGCAACGUAUCUGGAUAUUGAUGAGCAAUGAUAUUUGCUCGAGCAUAUUUUAUAAUACUCAAAAUAUCCGAGGAAAAGUUAUUCUCCCGAUAAUGGUUUUAUUUGCAUACGUAGAACUGAUUGUUACGCGCUUCAUUGAACUCGAUUUAUAUGCAAUAAUUCUUCUCGAAUAGAAUAUUUUUAUAAUA